AUGUGUGGCCCAGCGGAUUCAUAUCCUCCGCGGCAGUAUUUCGUUCUUACAGAUGCUGGAAAGCCUGUCUUUAACAGUCGCUCCAUGUCGCGGGAUCCGGAUGAGUUGGCCAAUAUCAUCGGCAUCAUGCAGGCCCUCAUAUCUGUCUUCCUCGACGACCGAGAUAAACUUCGGUGCAUAAACGCAGGCAAGACGCGCAUUAACUUCUUAGUACGGUCGCCGAUCUACUACGCCUCCGUUUCUUCCUGGGGCGAACCCGAGUCCGUGACACGAUCACAUCUGGAGUACCUGCAUCUUCAAGUCCUAAGCAUCGUUUCUGGAGGGCAGCUAAGACGUAUAUUCGAACGCCGGACGAACUUCGACCUGGGUCGGCUAUUGAAUGGGGCUGAGAUACUCAUUCACUCCAUGCUGGACCGCGUACAAGACGACCUGGCUAUGAGUACUUCGUCAUUGCACUGUCUUCGCAUGGAUCCUGGCCUGAGAUCGCGCGUGGCGAGCGCGCUUCUGCCUAGUUCACGCAUGAAGGACUUGCUAUAUAUCAUCUUGAUUGGUCGUGGCCGGGUGAUCACUUUGGUACGACCAAGGAAACACUCUAUACACCCAGCAGACCUUCACAUAUUGAUGAACACAGCACAUUCACCCUCCAUCGUCAACUCUUCGGCCUCGGCCUCUUGGUUGCCCAUGUGUCUUCCCAAGUUCGACGCUUCAGCCUUCGUUAAUGCCUACAUCACAUUCCUACAACCUCAGCCUCCGACACCCCCACCCGAGAAUGACCUCUCUGCAGAAGGGACGUCCACCGAUCCUUCGUCCGUGUGUUUGAUCUGUGUUAGUGGAAAUGGAGACUUCGAGUCCGUACGAACGUGGUGUGACACUGUCUAUAAGAAACUCGAUGGAGACGGGACACUGGGCACCAUUCUCGACUCUAUCCGAACGGGCGCCACUGAAUACUCUGUUUCGGAGCUAAGCAUCCCUGGUCUUCGUCACUUCAUAUACAAGUCGAGGGCGCAUGUUCAAAUCACGGUGCCCGUCUAUGAGGAUCCGUACGAUACCGACAACGAACAGCGACGAUUGAUCACACUGUAUCAGAUUUUGCAUGACAAUAUACAUGCGAAGUCGGGCCAAGAGACACCUUUGAAGCUGCAGUAUAUUAAGACGCAGAAGGAGAGCGUUAUGGGAUGGAUCACACAGCCGUUCGAGCUGUACAUCACCCUCUCUCCCUGGAUGCCUAAGAGCGCGGCGAUCCACGCCGCAAAUUCAGUGGCGCGAUGGGUGAAGAAGGAGGAGUCGCGGUUGUUCUUGCGGGAUGCGCCCGUGUUCUAG